CGCUCUAGACUUGCAUGUACUCGAAGAAAGUACGUCGAUAGUGAACUACUUUCAAAGUAAUAUUAUUACGCACACUAAUAUUGCAGAAUCUGUUAUUAUUAAUUCUCAUUUAAAUUAUACAGCGAUUUAAAGAUAUACUGAUUUUAUAUUGUGAUGUAGUGAAACAUUUCCAAUUAGAUAAUUAUACAGUGGAGUUGUUACAAAGUGAAAUUAUAAAAUUAAAUCGUCAGGGAUAUUUCAAUCAAAGUGACAUAGUACAAGAAGUAUCUACAUCCUUUUUAAAAUGGAUUGGAAAUAACCGGACCCACAUUCUUUUCGGGAAACUUCUCAUCUCUGUACGACACGUGUUGAUGCAAAUAUAAUAUCAUCGUUUCGAAUCUUGAGAUUACUGAGUUAUUAUAGUUGAAUUCGUUUUAGGUUGGAAAUUACAACUAGAUGAAAUUUUUUGCUGGACGCGUUGGUUACAAUAAAUAUGCAAGAGAUUUGAAAAAUUUCGACUUAUCUUGUAUAUUUCAUGUAUCGUCGUUUCGUAUUUGAUUUAAGAAACAAUUUGUUAUGAUUACGAAUUGGCUGAAUUUAAAUCGUUCUGGUUUUCGAUUGGUUGAAAACCUAAUCAGUCGCAUGCAGUAUAUAAAAGAUCGUGCGACUCGAAGAUAUGUAGCAGAAGUCUUCCAAGAUUCAAAUUUUAACAUGUAUUUUUCAACCACUUGUUGCACAUCGAAGCUCCACAUGCCUGAAAUAAUUUAUAAAAAUGUCUGGGAGAUAGACCCGGAACUCUUUGAGUUAAUGAAAAAGGAGAAAAAGAGGCAAGAAUCUGGUCUUGAAAUGAUUGCUAGUGAAAAUUUUACAUCUCUUAGCGUUCUUCAAUGCUUGGGUUCUUGUCUUCAUAAUAAAUAUAGUGAAGGCCUUCCAGGUCAAAGAUAUUAUGGAGGGAAUGAAUACAUUGAUGAAAUUGAACUGUUAGCACAAAAACGUGCUUUAGAAGCAUUUGAUCUAAAUCCCGAAGAAUGGGGCUGCAACGUACAACCAUAUUCAGGAAGUCCAGCUAAUUUUGCUGUCUAUACAGGUUUAAUUGAGCCUCAUGGUCGUAUAAUGGGUUUGGACCUUCCUGAUGGAGGACAUCUUACACAUGGGUUUUUUACUCCAACUAAAAAAGUUUCUGCGACAUCAAUAUUUUUUGAAUCAAUGCCAUACAAAGUUAAUCUUGAUACUGGUUUAAUUGAUUAUGAUAAAUUAGCUGAGGAAGCAAGUUUAUUUAAACCUAAAAUUAUAAUAGCAGGUGUAUCUUGUUAUAGUAGAUGUUUAGACUACAAGAAAUUCAGGCAAAUAGCGGAUCAAAAUAAUGCUUACCUGUUUAGUGAUAUGGCUCAUGUAUCAGGAUUAGUUGCAGCUAAAUUAAUUCCUAGCCCAUUCGAAUAUAGCGAUGUUGUGUCUACUACAACUCAUAAAACUUUAAGAGGGCCUCGUGCUGGUAUUAUCUUCUUUCGGAAAGGAGUUAGAAAAAUUGGAAAAGAUAGUCAAAAAAUUAUGUACGAUAUAGAAGAUAAAAUUAAUCAAGCUGUAUUUCCGGGACUACAAGGUGGACCUCACAAUCAUGCAAUCGCAGGCAUAGCUACAGCAAUGAAACAAGUUAAAUCACCAGAAUUUCUUAAAUAUCAGAAACAAAUUGUAGCUAAUGCAAAGAGACUAUGUUCAAAACUUCAGGAGCAUGGUUAUAAAAUCAGUACAGAUGGAACUGAUGUUCAUAUGUUACUUGUAGAUUUACGAAAUAAAGGCAUUACAGGAGCUAAAGCAGAGAAGAUUUUGGAGAGUAUUUCCAUAGCUUGCAAUAAAAAUACAGUGCCUGGUGAUAAAAGUGCAUUGAAUUGCAGUGGUAUCAGACUUGGUACACCUGCAUUAACCACUCGUGGUUUAGUUGAAGAAGAUAUUGAUAAAGUUGUCGAUUUUAUACAUAGAGGUCUAUUACUUGGUAAGGAAGUGUCUAACAUUUCUGGUCCCAAGCUCGUUGACUAUAAAAGAAUAUUAAGUACUGAUGUCAAUAUAAAAGCAAAAGUUACAGUUUUAAGAGAAGAAGUUGAAACAUUUUCUAGGCAAUUUCCUAUUCCUGGUUUUGAAGAAUAUUAAUAAUAUUGAUUCGUCAUGAUAUAAUUUUCUGUAUUGCAUUUAUUUUCUAUAAAUUUUGUAAGAAA